GAGAAAAGUAUAAAAGAGAGAAGAAGGGAAGAAAAGAAAACCGCGUCCGCGUCGGAUCGAUAUCGGAGUCGGCAGGGUAUCGGGACUCGCUCGUCUUCGUGCUCUCCUCACGUGCUCCUCUAAUAGAAUAAUCCCCCCCUUUCCUAGCUUAAAUCCCGCCAAUAGAUCCCUUUCUUCCCCUCUACCCAUUCUAUUGGAAUCUUUAUAAAGGUCUCGUCUUUAUCCUUCGAUCGAUCGGUUUCUCGGUGUGGUCGAGCGAUCUGGGACUGAUUUGGAGAGAUGGAGAAGUACGAGCUGGUGAGAGACAUAGGGGUGGGGAAUUUCGCGGUGGCGAGGUUGAUGCGGAACAAGGAGACCGGAGAGCUCGUCGCCAUGAAGUAUAUCCCCCGAGGGCAGAAGAUCGAUGAGAAAGUGGCGAGGGAGAUCAUCAAUCACCGGUCUCUGCGGCAUCCUAAUAUAAUCCGGUUCAAAGAGGUCGUGCUGACUCCGACCCAUUUGGCGAUCGUGAUGGAGUACGCCGCCGGCGGGGAGCUCUUCGACCGGAUCUGCAACGCCGGGAGAUUCAGCGAAGACGAGGCGAGAUAUUUCUUCCAGCAACUCAUUUCCGGCGUCAGCUACUGCCAUUUCAUGCAAAUUUGCCACCGAGAUUUGAAGCUGGAGAACACUCUUCUCGACGGCAACCCGGCGCCCCGCCUCAAAAUCUGCGACUUUGGCUACUCCAAGUCAUCUGUGCUCCACUCGCGGCCCAAAUCGACCGUCGGAACGCCGGCGUACAUUGCCCCUGAAGUCCUCGCCCGCCGUGAAUAUGACGGCAAGCUGGCUGAUGUAUGGUCGUGUGGGGUAACCCUGUAUGUGAUGCUGGUGGGAGGCUACCCCUUUGAGGAUCCAGAUGACCCCAAGAAUUUUAAGAAGACCUUUCAGAGAAUAGUAUCCGUCCAGUACACAAUACCUGAAUUUGUGCAUAUAUCCCAGGAUUGCAGGCAACUCCUCUCUCGAAUCUUCGUUGCCAAUCCAGCCAGGAGGAUAACUAUUAGGGAGAUAAGAAAUCACCCGUGGUUCUUGAGGAACUUACCAAGGGAGUUAACAGAAGCAGGGCAGGCAGUUUACUACAAGAGGGAUAACAAUGCCCCCACCUACUCCCUUCAGAGCGUCGAGGAGAUCAUGAAGAUUGUUAAGGAGGCAAGGACCCCACCACCAUCUUUCACACCUGUUGGAUGGGCCGAGGAAGAUGAGCAGGAGGAAGGCAAGCAAGAGAACCAAGAGAAUGAAGAGAACGAAGAGGAGGAAGAAGAUGAGUAUGAUAAGAGGGUCAGGGAAGUCCAUGCCAGUGGAGGAAUAUCCAAUCAGUUGAUUGAGUAAUGGUGGAAAAGAAUUUGAUGCUUUCCUUGUCUUCCAAUGUCAAUCAUCGAUCCUUUUUAGGUUUUUUCCCAAGUUGAUUUUGUUGAAUAUUGUCUUCAGUACUUCAACCUUGUAAAAAUUUCAAUGCUGGUAUAUAUAUAUAUAUAUAUAUAUGUCAACCUUGUGAUGCAGCAUAAGAAUGCUAGAAAUUCACAGUGUUUCGGAGUUGAGAAAUUAAAUACAAGUGGGUCAAACUCUUCGGCCGAAGGAAGAGGUUACU